GUAACUCGUUCGUGCAAUGAACUCGUUCCGACCCAUGAGAGAAUUGGAUCGGGUUGGCCCAAAGAGAAAAAGCACAAAGAAAAGGAGCGGGACUACUGUACCGUGUUAUCCGCAACAGAAAUCGUCGAUGGCUGUGGCUGUGCGCGCUUUCCACCAACUACACUCGCAAUCGCACUCACACUCACACUUUCCAUCAAUUCCUCCGCACUCUCUCCGACUCACACUCAAUGCUUCGCCGCUCUUCAAGCCACGACCUCUCACUUCCGUCGGAAUCUCGCUGCUCCCGGAGAGGCGUUGCAUGCCGGUGCCUGGCGUCGUAGAGGAAAGCCAGGAGAGUUCCGAACCGGAACCGGAACCGGAACCGGAACCGGAAGUGAAGACGAAAGCGGAGUUGGCGUCGGAACUGAAGAAGGCAAUGGAGGAGAGGAAGGAUAAUUUGUUAAGCGGAGUGGCGCGUGAGAUCGACGAGAUCGAAUGGCCCGCUUUUGGAAAGGUGCUGGGAACCACCGGCGUUGUCCUUGCCGUUAUCUUUGGUUCCAGCGUCGUUUUGCUCACUGUCAAUGCCGUUUUGGCCGAGCUUUCUGAUCAGGUUUUCGCAGGAAAAGGGAUUCAGGAUUUCUUCACCUGACACACGAACAUCGUUUCUUUCGUGCAAUUUUCUUCACUAACCUUUCAAUUUUAUUACUACCAAUUCAUGAUGGACCUUCUCUUUAGGCCAACUUUCUACGGAUUCAGAGAAAUUAUUAUUUGUUUUUCACCAUUGCGGUCUCUCUCUGUAACAUAUACUGUACUGCUAGAGUUGUCGAGUUAUGAUAUUAUAUUGCGUUUUUUAUAUGCGAAUUCCGCUGCAUAAGGUUUCUGAGA